GCGAGUACCUCGACCGCCGCACCGGCCGGCGAGACGGACAAGGAGCGCCGCAAGCGCGAGAAGCGCGAGGCCAAGGCCAAGCGCUCCCGGGACGACGACGGCGACGCCGCACCGGCCGCCGCCAACGACGACGGCGAGCGGUCCAACAAGAAACAGAAGAAGUCGAGCGCUGCGGUCGCGUCCGAGACGCCGUCGACGACGUCGACGCCCGCCGCCGAGCCCGUCGCGAGCACCUCGACCGCCGUCACGACCGGCGCGUCGGCGUCGCCCGCCGAGGUCCAGGCGUUCCUCGAGGAGAACAAGAUCUCGUUCGAGCCCGAGACGACGGCGACCGACUACCCGCCCGUCCUGUCGUUUGCGUCGCUCCCGCUCAACGCCGGCGUGCGCAAGGGCCUGAGCGGCUUCACCAAGCCGACGCCGAUCCAGAGCGCGUCGUUCCCGCUCAUGCUCGGCGGUCGUGACGUGAUCGGUAUCGCCGAGACUGGGUCCGGCAAGACGGUCGCGUUUGGCGUUCCCGCCAUCGAGCACAUCCUGUCGCUGAGCACGUCGUCGUCGGGCAAGAAGGGCAAGUCGACCGCGCCCGUCUCGGUCCUCGUCGUCGCCCCGACUCGCGAGCUCGCCAUGCAGACGCACAACAACCUCGCCCUCAUCUCGAACGCCCUGUCGCCCAAGGUCGGCUCGGUGUGCGUGUACGGCGGCGUGCCCAAGCCCGAGCAGAUCCGCAUCCUGCGCAACGAGCGCCCGCGCAUCGUCGUCGGCACGCCCGGCCGCCUGCUCGACCUCGCGCGCGAGGGCAACCUCGACCUCGGCAACGUGUCGUGGCUCGUCCUCGACGAGGCCGACCGCAUGCUCGACAAGGGGUUCGAGAACGACAUUCGCGAGAUCAUCAAGCUGUGCCUCCCGUCGCCGUCGUCGGCGCUCGGCCCGAUCAAGGAGGAGCAGGGCGCGCCCAAGUUCCGCCGCACGGCCAUGUUCUCGGCGACGUGGCCCAUGAGCGUGCGCAAGCUCGCGGCCGACUUUAUGACGCAGCCGCUGCGCAUCACGGUCGGCAGCGACUCGCUCCAGGCCAACGCACGCGUCGAGCAGGUCGCCAUCGUCGUCGAGGACCAGCGCAAGAAGGAGACCCUGCUCCUGACGCACCUGCGCGACAACGGCUUCUCGCUCAACUCGAACAAGAAGACGGGCGCCCAGGGCAAGGACCGCGAGAAGGUGCUCGUGUUCGCGCUGUACAAGAAGGAGGCGACGCGCCUGCACGAGUUCCUCAAGAACAAGGGCUACGAGGUCGUGUGCAUCAACGGCGACAUGACGCAGGAGAAGCGCACCAAGUCGCUCGACGACUUUAAGGAGGGCCGCGCCAACAUUCUCGUCGCGACCGACGUUGCUGCUCGCGGUCUCGACAUCCCCAAGGUCGAGCUCGUCAUCAACCAGACGUUCCCGCUCACGAUCGAGGACUACAUCCACCGCAUCGGUCGCACCGGUCGUGCUGGCCGCACCGGCAAGUCGAUCACCUUCUUCGGCGAGCCGGACAAGGCGCUCGCUGGCCACUUCAUCCGCGUCCUGCGCGACUCGAACGCCGUCAUCCCGCCCGGCCUCGACCAGUGGGGAAGUGCGAUCAAGAAAGAGACGCACGGCGCGUACGGCGCGUUUUACCGCAACGACGUCAAGGGCACCGCUAAGAAGAUCACGUUCGACUAGAGCGCAUGCACGCUCACGGUCGUCCAGCGCCGCCGCAUCGUCAACCUCUCUCGAGCCGCUCGGCCCUCUUCCUCCCUCCCUCUCUCUCUCUCUCUCUCUCGUCUCCCUCGGCGUGUACUAGACUUUCUGUGCCCUGUGUACCCCCAAUCUCUCGCUUCUCGUCUCGCCUGCAAUGCCUCGUCGUUCGCU